AUGGUUACGAGGCAGUUACAGCAUCUGUCCUACUUCCAUACUAUGGAGUUGUCUACUUUUAUUGCACUUUAUAAUCCUCCGAAUAAUCUUCUUGACAUAGACAAGCUCGCAGAACUUCUCCCAAAUAAUAAACACAUUAUCCUGGCUGGAGAUCUGAACUCGAAAAAUACAGAAUGGGGUUGUCGAAGAACCAACAACGCAGUCCUGCUUGAAGUCCUGCUUGAAUUCAUAAAUAACUAUCCUAUUUACUUUUAUGCACCCACUGACUAUACCUACCUCCCGGAUAAUCCUAGAAGAGGAGACAUUUUAGACAUUGUACUCACGAAUACCUCCAUACCAAUGUAUUUAGAUGUUAAAGUCGAAUUAACCUCAGACCAUGUGCCUGUAAUAGCUAUUUUAGGUACCAACAGAUGCGACGACAACAAGUUUAAAAGAGUCACUGACUGGCAGCAAUAUUACAACCAAUUGUUAGAGAACCCCCAAUUAUCAGCUCUCUUAGGAACAAAGAUGACAUAG